UGUCAUGAAUGGUUUCAUAUAUGCUGGAGACUCUAGAAGGACUGGAAGGCAUAGAAGUCUUCAUGGAUGACAUCCUAGUGUAUGGAACCUCCAUGGAGCAACAUGAUGCACGACUCGAGAAGGUGCUGCAGCGGGUCGAGUCAGCAGGCCUGAAACUCAACAGAGAGAAAUGCUCCUUCAGACAGAGGCAACUACGCUUCCUGGGUCACCUUAUUGACCAAUCGGGGGUCAGGCCCGACCCCGACAAAGUUGAAGCCAUUCGCCAAAUGCCACCACCUGAAAAUGUGCAGGAGCUAAAGAGAGUCCUUGGCAUGGUAAACUACCUUGGAAGGUUUGUCCCAGCUCUUGCAACAGUAGGCCAACCACUGUAUGAGCUCCUAAAGAGCAAGAACCUCUGGACCUGGGGCCACUCACAGCAAUCAGCUUUUGAGGACAUUAAAAGGAUGCUGACAAAGGCACCAGUUCUCGCCUUUUAUGACGUCACAAGGCCCACAGCUGUGUCUGCCGAUGCCAGCAGUUAUGGACUGGGAGCUGAACUGCUCCAACUUCACGGAGAAGAAUGGAAACCGAUAGCUUACUGCUCCAGGCGGUUAUCUGAGGCUGAAACACGCUAUGCCCAGAUAGAGAAGGAGUGCCUGGCUGGUGUGUGGGCCUGUGAAAAAUUCGAUAAGUAUCUAUGUGGCCUGGAUGAGUUCAGACUUGAGACGGAUCACAAGCCAUUAGUGCCACUUAUCAACAACCGGAGUCUCGACAACGUCCCUUUGAGAUGUCAACGUCUUUUAAUGCGGCUCAUGAGGUAUAAACCAGUGGCUGAAUACGUGCCUGGAAAAACCCUACUCAUAGCUGACGCUUUAUCCCGAAGCCCACAAAGCUACACAGAAGAAGCAACUGAUACACAUAGUGAAGUGCAGUGCUAUGUGGCCACAGUGAUGCAGGGCAUCCCAGCAUCUCCAAGCAGAAUGGAGAACAUUAAAAUGGCCACUGCCACUGACUGUGAACUGCAGACAGUCAUUAAACAUGUGAGAACAGGAUGGCCAGAAUACAGUGGAGACGUUACACAGAACGUCAGAGCAUACAUGAAGGUGAAAAAUGAACUAUCAGAGGCUGAUGGUUUGCUCAUACGUGGAAGCAGGAUCAUCAUUCCACAGUCACUGAGAGCUGACAUCUUAAAAAGAAUACAUGAUGGACAUCAGGGGCUAACAAAGUGCAGAGACAGGGCAAAAUCGUCAGUUUGGUGGCCAGGGCUUUCCACUGAACUGAAACACACUGUGAUGUCAUGUCACACUUGCCAAGAACAAAAGCGAACUCAACAAAAGGAGCCGCUCAUCUCUACGCCCCUGCCUGAUCGCCCAUGGAAAAGAAUAGCUCUCGACCUCUGUGAACACAACAAAAACAACUACCUUGUCAUAUCAGAUUACUACUCACGGUACCUGGAGGUGCUGCACCUACCGUCCACUACCAGCACUCAGGUUAUUCAGAGACUUAAAACUACCUUUGCAAGGUUUGGAAUCCCGGAUGAGGUGGUGAGUGACAAUGGCCCUCAAUUCUCCAGUGCAGAAUUCCAAGAGCUGGCGAGACAGUUGGACUUCAGUCACGUCACUUCAAGUCCCCACCACCCUCAGGGGAAUGGUCAUGCGGAGAGGGCAGUGCAGACUGCUAAGAGAAUCCUCCGCCAAAAAGACCCACUGAUAGCCCUCAUGUGCUAUAGGUCAACUCCCUGCACCACCACAGGAGUUAGUCCAGCAGAACUUUUAAUGGGGAGAAAGAUUCGAACGACACUUCCUACACUAGAGAAGAAUCUUCAACCCAAAUGGCCCAACAGAAAGACUGUUAAGCAGAAAGAUGCUGGUGAGAAGGCGAAACAAGCUUUCUACUACAACCGCCGUCACGGUGCCAGACCUCUUCCUCCACUUCGACCAGGAGACGCAGUCUUCGCCAAGUUGGAUCAGGAAAAGACCUGGGUGACACCAGCAGUCGUUUCUGAGGAGAGUGUUACUCCUAGGUCUUACCUCAUUAACACACCGCAAGGAGCGGUGUUGCGGCGGAACCGCCGCCAUCUCCAGGCUGAUCUGUCUUCACGAUCAGUGCAAGACACCCCGCCUGCAUCAGCUGUGAGUGCAGGAGAGACUUCUCACCCUGCAAGUGUCACACUCCCAGAGACUGUUUCUUCUACCUCGGGUGUGGUCACGAGUCACACAAACGGCCCUGCACAGUCGCCGGGACAAGUUCGCACCAGGGCUGGACGCUUGUGCAGACCGGUCGACAGGCUAACCCUGUAGACAGACACUGAAAUGUCUUUUCAGAUGCUUUAGGGGGAAUUGGGGAGGAAAGUGUUCUGAAAAAAAAAAAUAAUAAUAAUAAUAAUAAUAAGGUGUACGCCGACUGUAUUGUACUUAUUGUUUGAUAAAAUUGCGUCACAAAUAUUACAGUGCCUUAGUUGAAUUUAAGAGUGACAUGAAUGUUACAGUACUGGAUAGUUAUGAGUCAAAACAAUUGCAUUUUGGGUUUGAAAUGGCAUGACUACAGCCUAUUGCUUUUUGAGUUUAUUUACAGGACUAUUACAGUUAUAGGAUAAAUGUUUACAUGGUUAUUGUGUUUACUAGAUAAAUAACAUUACUAAGAUGCACUUUAUGUUUAUCAAAGAAAGCCUAUUUGACACGUUUUCUGGCUGAUAUAUUGUUUACCAUGGUUUAUUGAACAUUGUUCUAUGCAGAUUGUGUUAUUAGAAAUAACAUAAAAAGGGGGGAGAU